UCUUCCAGACUGGGGUGUUACUUCACUAACUGGUCCCAGUACAGACCUGGAGAUGGAAAAUUUAUGCCUUCAGAUAUUGAUCCAAACCUUUGCACACACCUGAUCUACGCCUUUGCUGCAGUUAAUGAUGCUAGUGAGUUGGUCACAGUGGAGUGGAACGAUGAGGCCCUAUACAAAUCCUUUAAUGGACUCAAAGACAGGAAUCCUAACCUCAAAACACUGCUAGCAGUUGGUGGCUGGAACUUCGGCACACUAAAAUUCACAAACAUGGUGUCAACCAAAGCCAACAGAGAGAAGUUCAUCCAGUCCUCUAUCAACCUGCUGAGAGAACAUGGCUUUGAUGGAUUAGACCUGGACUGGGAAUACCCUGGAGCACGAGGAAGUCCUCCAGAGGACAAGCAGAGGUUCACGCUCUUAUGCAAGGAACUCCUAGAGGCCUAUGAGGCUGAAGGAAAAGCAACUGACCGUCCCAGACUGAUGGUCACUGCUGCUGUGGCUGCUGGAAAAGGAACCAUCGAUGUUGCUUAUGAAAUUGCAGAGAUUGCAAAGUACCUGGAUUUCAUUAAUGUCAUGACAUAUGACUUUCAUGGCACCUGGGAAAGAGUCACAGGACAUCACAGCCCCUUGUAUAAGGGAUCAACUGACACUGGAGAUCAAAUUUACUUCAAUACCGACUUUGCCAUGAAGUAUUGGCGAGACCAAGGAGCACCUGCAGAAAAGUUGAACUUGGGGUUUGCUACAUAUGGGCGAGCGUUUCAUCUGUCCUCUGGAUCCAGUGAUGUUGGAGCACCAGCAAGCGGUCCUGCAACUGCAGGGCGUUUCACCCGUGAGGCUGGCUUCUGGUCCUUUUAUGAGAUCUGUACUUUUAUUCAAGGGGCCAGUGUCCACUUGAUUGUAGAUCAAAAAGUUCCAUAUGCCACAAAAGAAAAUGAGUGGGUUGGAUAUGACAAUAAGGACAGCUUCGAGGUUAAGGCCCGUUACCUAAAAGACAAUGGGUUUGGAGGAGCCUUCAUCUGGGCUCUGGACCUGGAUGACUUUGCUGGAAAGUUCUGUAGUCAGGGCAACUACCCCCUCAUCAGCCACCUGAAAUCUCUUCUGGCUUCAGAUCUCCUCCCAAAUGUGACCGGUGUAAAUACAACCAAUCCAAGUCCAGUGACUCCGUCUUCAAGCAACAAUCCACCUGACACUGCAAAUGGUGGCACAUCCUCCACCUCUACCUCCAGCGGGGCAUCUGAUGAUACCUUCUGUGUUGGAAAGCCAGCGGGGCCUUAUGCCAAGCCCGACGCCCCGGGCUCCUUUUACAAUUGUGCUAAUGGCGUUGCCUCGAUCCAAAACUGUCCAGCUGGCCUGGUGUUUCAAGAAAAUUGUAAAUGCUGUACCUGGCCCUAAAGAGUCACACGUCAUGUUUCAUAAGCUGUAACAACUAUGCUUAU